AUGGCUAAGAGGCCUAAGAAGAACAUCUUCAAGUCUUUUCGGCGACAGCCCUCCUCUACGCCUGAGCACAAGUCAAGACCUGCGAGCAAGGGAUUUCAUCGCCUCAUGUCGCUCCUGUGUCGGGGAGGUUCCUCGCCGUCCCUACAUAUGCCGAGGUCGACAAGCCCAUUCCGAAGACAGUUCAGUUCGCAGGCAGUGCACUCCCAAGCAGACUCGCUGCUCGAGCAUUCAGAUGUCCGCCUCCCAGCGGGCGCCUCCGAUUCCGACGCUCCCAGCUCAGGCGACCAACCUGCCGAUCCAGGCGAGGGCGUCGAACCCCCUGCAACGUAUGAGUCCCCCAGUAGGGCCAUGAUAGGCCUAGCUGUGUUCAAAAGCGCGCUGCAGAUCACGGAGAGGGCCGCCGACGUCUUUCCCCCUCUCAAGUCAGCCGUGGGAGGUCUGCUGGGAAUCCUCGACUUGGUCGAGACGGUUGUCGAUGUGCAUGAAAAGUUCAAGCGCAUCACAGAGAAAGUCUCCCUCGUGACGGAGGUGGUUGAGAUGUAUCGAUCUUUGGACUCAGGCCGUCAGGGCGAGAUGAUGAAGUACCUGGACAAGGUCGCGGACGAACUCAACGCAGUGGAGGAAAUCGUACAAAAGAAACAGGAUCGCAAGAUUAGCAAACGCAUAGUUCUUGCGCCAGCCGACGUCGACGAAGUUGAACGACAGUUCCGUGCUGUUGGGGAUGCCACGGACCUUUUCCUUUUGUUAGUCAACGUACGCCAGAUUGCGGCAUUGGAAGAGUUGCGUAGGCUUAAUCAGUCAUCGCAUGCAAACUCAGCCAGCCGGAUCCAGUUUGAUUACCUGGACAAGCUGUCUGGGAGUGAGUCGGCCCGCUACGAUGCGAUAGACAUCCCCUUCUGUACCACGGACACCCGCAUUCAGCUCCUCGAAGACGUCUUUACUUGGGCAGCAUGCAACGAGGGCGAGGAUGUACCGUCGAUCUUCUUCCUGAACGGAGUCGCGGGAUCUGGGAAGAGCACUAUUGCGAAGACGUUGUGCGCUUCGUGGAAUCACGCAGGCCGCCUGGGUGCUAGUUUUUUCUGCUCUCGCCGCAAGGCCGAGCAGCGGGAUGUGCGGUCCAUCUUUCGGACACUUGCGUACCUCCUAUCACUGUCUUCACCCUCAUUCGCGGAUGAGGUCGUCAAGGUGCUGCGAGAGAACCCGCUCGCUGCCAGUGCGAACAUCGAGGAGCAGUUUCGUCUUCUGAUCUCCGAUCCAGCGACUGCCGCGUUCACUGCAGUGGGUCCAGUGCCAGUUGUCGUCGUGGAUGGUCUUGAUGAAUGCGAUGACGCGGAUGCGACAGAAAACCUGCUGAAGGUCAUCGUAAAACACGGACGCCAGCUGCCUCUCAAGUUCUUCAUAACUAGCCGGCCCGAGCAUCACAUCAGGACCAUGUUCAGGCAGCCAGGCUCGCGACAUCUACGGCUGCGUGACAUCGAGCGCGAUAUUGUUGACGAAGACAUCCGUAUAUCUCUGACGGCAGAACUGUCCGAUUUUGAAGAUGUUCAGUUGUCUCCCGAGGACAUCAAGAUUCUUGUGGACCGCUCGCAGGGUCUGUUCAUCUAUGCGGCCACGGCAUGCAAAUACAUCAAAGCGCGUGACGUACCAGAGCCUCCGCAGGAGCGGCUACGUGAACUGGUUGCUCCGCAUGCAGAUCAUCCCCCCACUGGUAUUGAUGAAAUGUACGACUACAUCCUUGGCCAAGCUCUUCAGCGCUUGAAUGGCGACCAGUCGACGAGGGUUCUGCGGUGCUUACACGCAGUCGUCUGCGCGCGCAAUCCCCUCUCUGUCCCCGAAUUAGCGCACUUGCUAUGCCUCACCCCUGACCAGGUCCGCUAUGCACUCGUCGCUUUGCAUUCCGUGAUCAACGUCCCCGACCAUGACGAGGAACACGGUCUCCUGACAACAUACCAUGCUUCCUUCCCAGACUAUCUCACUACACGGACGCGGUCUGGAUCAAAGCGAUGGGCGGCAGACACUGGAGCGACACAUCGCGACCUUUUCCUCGGGUGUAACAAGAUCAUGGAGACUGGCCUGUUCUUCAACGUGUCGGGGUGUAGCACAUCGUACGCCAGCAAUGCAAAGCAGCCGUCGCGUCGAGAGCUCCCUUCGUAUCUCGUUUACGCGUGUCGAUUCUGGAUCGAACACCUGACCAUGUCGUCCGUCUCGGAGGAACGAGCGACUCAGGAUGUCUUGGCUUUCUUCGAAAACAAGUUCCUAUACUGGCUGGAGGUGUUGAGUGUUUGUAACUACACAAAUGUAGCGUCUUCACUGAUCAUGAGGCUGGAGGUCUGGCUUCGGGAACAGCAAACCAGACAAAACACGGAAAACGCGGACGUGUCACGAUGUCUGCGGCUUCUGCUGGACGCGAAUGACUUCCUCAUUCGCUUUGGGAUGCCGAUUCACGACAGUGCACCACAUAUAUACAUCUCGGCUCUUGCGUUCACACCUCCAAAGUCGCAGAUCAGCCAGGUAUAUCUCGCUCUACUGGAGCGUCGAUUGAAGGUGGAUACUGCGGAACGGCUCACACCAUUACCCCUCCUGGAGAUACACGAGCAUCGCCGCUGGACAUCACAGUUACCACAUUGGCGAGCGCUAGCCUUCUCAGCUGACAGCAGCUACAUCCUGUCUGCUGCAGAUGACAACCUCUGCCGCUGGGAUGCAAGGACAGGGGAGUCAAUUGGCCAGCCGCAGCAGGGACCUGACAUUCCGCAUUCUCGCCUCGCGCUCUCACCGGACGGAUCUCGCGCUGUAUCCUGGUCCGAGAGUACUGGCUGUGUCUGGGACACUACAUUGGAUCACCCCAUUGGACGGUCGCUCAAAGUACCUACGGAUGCCACAUCCGUAAGCUUGGUUGUGUUCUCGCCCGAUGGCAAGUGCGUCGCCGCAGCCGGUAUCACAAUGGCGGAAGGCCGUGACUCGGUCAUUUGUAAAUGGGACGCAGCCACGGGUGACCCCAUCGGCCAACCGCUUGAACUGGCAGGAUCGGCGCUCAAAGGCUGGCUUUCAUUGAUUGCAUUCGCGCCCGAUUACAAGCGCAUCGCUGCGACAUAUCCCCGUGACAAUCUUGGCCUUGGAAAGUUGACCUUGUGGGACGCAGAGACUGGCGCUGCAAUUGUAGAAGAAUUCGCAGACGUGAAUUCAGCCGUCUUCUCACCAGACAGCGCAUUCGUUGUGUACGGGGAACUCGGGGGUGCUAUCCAUGCCAGGGACGCGGAGACUGGUGAUGCAAUCGGACAGCCGCUCAAUGGACACACAAUGACAGUAUGCUCGCUCGCAUUCUCGCCGGAUGGCAAGUUCGUUGCGUCCGGGUCGGCUGAUACCACGGUUCGCGUCUGGUCGUUCGAGCAUGGCAGACUUGGUGUUCAUCGGGUGCUGAAGGGACAUACAAGCUCGACCGAAUCGGUCGUCUUCUCGCCGGAUGGUCACCUCCUUGCAUCCACCUCGGAUGACGGGGACAUCUGUAUCUGGGAUGUAGCCCAGACUACUACAGGGGACGCAGUUUCAAUUGGCGAGCCGCCCGGGCACACUGACGCAGUGGGGUCGGUCGCAUUCUCGCCGGACGGCAGACAGGUUGCAUCUGCAUCGUGCGACGGAACUGUUCGUGUCUGGGAUGCAGAUACGGGCGCUGCAGUCGGAGAGCCGCUGCUGGGACGAGGUCAUGAAUGUGGUCACUGGCCAAAGGCCAUCGCAUUCUUGGUGGACGACAACAAGAUAAAUCUUGUGUCUUAUUCAACUUGCCCCGACUCGGCCUCGGAGGACGACGACGAUGACGAUCAUCGUGGCCCUGCAAUCAACGUGUGGGACGUGGAGGCGGCGAGCAACCCUGGUGAAUGGUCACCCAAUGGAUACUGGGAAAAGUAUGGUAUGUGGGAAUUCGCGCUCUCGCCGGACGGCAAGCGAGUCGCACUUCAGUUUGGGUGGGAGAAGUUGGAGAUUGUCGAAUCGGCGACGGGCGCCCACAUCGUGGACAUCGACAUGUCAUCCCAAGACACGUUGAAAUCCACCACGUUCUCGCUGGAUGGCAGGCUCGUUGCAGCCUCCUUCUACGAUGACACCAUUCAGGUUUGGGAGACAGACACUGGUACCCGUGUUGGGCCGCUGCUCAAGGUAGACAAACGGGGUGGGGAUUGCAUCGCGUUGUCGCCCGAUGGCAAGCUCCUUGCGUAUAGCUCCGAUUAUUCGGUGCGUGUUCGCAUUUGGAAUACCCAUAUCGAGCAGUCAUGCAUGGACCACACACACACGGUGACGUCACUCGCGUUCUCGCCCGACGGAAAGCACCUCGCGUCCGCGUUUUAUGACGGAACGGUUCGCGUCUGGGAUGCUCAGACAGGUGCUCUGGUCCUACCGCCUCUCACAGGACACACGGAUACGGUGUGGUCAGUCGCAUUCUCGCCAGACGCUCAGCACAUCGCAACUGGUUCAGGGGACAAGACUGUCCGUAUCUGGGACGUGACCGUCGGGGCAUCGCAUGCACCCAAGAUCGUAACGGGAUCCGAUUCACCCUCCCUUGUCGAUCUCUGGGAGUCGCAUGUUGCGGAGUUCGAUAGGGGGUACGACGGAUGGAUCGUCGGCCCUCAUGAAGAGCUCUUUCUUUGGAUUCCCCCAGGAUAUCGCACUGGCUUGUUGUGGCCUCGCAUGACUGCAGUCAUAGGCGUACAUCCCGUUCGUCUCGACCUCCGCCAGUUCGCGCAUGGCUCGACAUGGACAGAGUGUUGGGGCUCGGCGUAA